UAGCUUUUGCUUUUCUUUCUGUUUCAGGCUCCAUCACCAACCAACCUCUGGUGAUUACUCCAUCUUUCCUACCUUUCCUUAUCUCUGCUAAUCUGUAUAUUGUUUCAGAAAGCUUCAUUUUAACUUAGAUCCCAUCAUCUUCCACCUCUCAGAUCUGUAAUUUUAAUGGAGUUUCAUCUGAGAUCCAGUCUUUGAAUGCAUUCAUCCCAAUCACAAGGUACUUGAUCAUCUAGAACAAGAAUGGCAGGGGAUCUAAACAAUGGAUUAUCCGAAAAAGUAGAUGGGUUAGGGAUUAAAGUAUGGGAGUUAAUUGGGAUUAUUAUUGGAUUGCUUAUUGUAGGGAUUCUUUGUGUAUUAACAUGUUACCUCACCUCUCGAAAGAGGGUGCGAGGGGGGCGACACGCAGUUCCUCACAAUCGAAUACCGACGGUUUCGAAAGAGAUUAAGGAAGUGAGAGUGGAGCAAGUUUCAACUGCAAAUUUUGCUCCACAAGAUGGUAUUCUUCUAACGAUUCAUGACAAGAACAGUGAGAAGGAAUCCGACAAAGUUUUGGUUCAUCUUGGUGUGUCGAAAUCGAGAAACGGAGAUAAUGCAAGCAGUCAAGGUUCGUUUCAUCAUAUGGAUAGGGAUGUUUGUGAAUCUGGAGAAGAUGGGAGUUCUGGAAAUUUCCAUUUGUAUAAACCGUCGUCUUCGGCUUCUCAUCCGAUUAGUGCACCGUCCCCUCUUGUGGGUUUGCCUGAGUUUUCGCAUUUGGGUUGGGGUCAUUGGUUCACUUUACGUGAUCUUGAACUUGCAACGAAUCGGUUUUCAAAAGAGAAUGUUAUUGGGGAGGGUGGAUAUGGAGUUGUAUAUCGUGGGACAUUGGUUAAUGGGAAUCCGGUGGCAGUGAAGAAACUUCUUAAUAAUUUGGGCCAAGCUGAGAAGGAAUUCAGAGUGGAGGUUGAAGCAAUCGGGCAUGUGCGCCACAAGAAUUUGGUUCGUUUAUUGGGUUAUUGUAUUGAGGGAACUCAUAGGCUAUUAGUGUAUGAGUAUGUCAACAAUGGUAAUUUAGAACAAUGGCUUCACGGAGCUAUGCGCCAACAUGGAUAUCUUACGUGGGAGGCUCGGAUAAAGGUUCUUCUUGGGACAGCUAAGGCCCUCGCCUACUUGCAUGAAGCAAUUGAGCCAAAAGUUGUGCAUCGAGACAUAAAGUCGAGCAACAUUUUGAUAGAUGAUGAAUUCAAUGCAAAGGUCUCUGAUUUCGGGUUGGCUAAGCUUCUUGGUGCUGGAAAAAGUCACAUCACAACUCGCGUUAUGGGCACUUUUGGCUAUGUGGCCCCGGAAUACGCCAAUACUGGCCUAUUGAAUGAAAAGAGUGACGUUUAUAGCUUUGGAGUAGUACUUUUGGAGUCAAUUACCGGUAGAGACCCCGUUGACUAUGGUCGCCCUGCUCAAGAGGUAAACCUUGUGGAUUGGCUGAAAAUGAUGGUUGGAAACAGGAGAUCAGAGGAAGUAGUGGAUCCAACCAUUGAAACAAAGCCAUCAACAAGAGCCCUUAAACGAGCACUUUUGACUGCUUUAAGGUGUGUUGACCCGGACUCCGACAAGAGACCUAAAAUGAGCCAAGUCGUGCGUAUGCUUGAAUCUGAAGAAUACCCAUUACCAAGAGAGGAUCGAAGACGUAGAUCUCACGCAAGCAGCGUGGAGAUUGAAUCGCAGAGAGACAACUAUGACACUGAUAAGAGUGAUAAUCUGGACCCACGAUCAGACAGCAGAAGGAACUUGAAACCGUAAUCUUUCAUGUUAUCUAAUUUGAUUUUUUAAAUCUUCUCAAGUGAGCAAAAAGGUGAUUUGUCUUGUAUUUUUAUGUAUUUUGAGGGAAUCAACAUUAGGUGGAGUGUUGAUUGUUAUGUAAGUAACAAAAUUAAAGGAACUCUUGUGAGGGUGUGUGUAGUGGGGGGUUUAGAUGUGUAUAGUUAUGGGGGAGUUUGGGAUGUUACUUAUGGUUUCCAUUUAAGUUGCUAAAUAUAUGAUCCUAUUCAUAUCUAAAA